AUGACUGACAGACGAUGCAGAGUGAACAUACGGAGUGUCUUGUUUUCCAAGAUCAAUGAAGCUGUUCCAGAUUGCACAGGAGCUGCGGAUGUCGACAUCCUCUGUUCAUGUACAGGAAUAGUGGCUCAAGACAAUUGCGAUCAAGGUAAAAGGCCUGACCUUUUAUCUUCAAAUGUUGGUUCUGUGGCAGAUUGGAGCUCUAACAAGUCGAAAAUCGACGAGAGUAACCAUACUUUGAUCACUGAACGGCUGUGGGAAAUAUUUAAAAUUUUAACAUCAGACAAUCAUGGGGGAGACAAAAGUAUCCUUCCCGAAAUUUUAAAGAAUGAUACAACAGUUAAGAGGGAUAUAGAGAGAUCUAUUCACCUCUUAAGUACUGCAAUAGAAGGUUGCUCCCAGAAGAGUCCUCCUGAUGACGAAAAUAAAAGCCUAUUUGAGGAAGCUGACAGCAUGCUUGACGAUUUGAGACGACUUUACGUUGCAAUGGAAAUGAGCAAGCUUGGACUUCAGAAUGACAUUUCAACACUUCUCAAGAAGUUGCAGUCAAGAAAGCCAAGAAUAGAGCCUUUACUGAAUCGGAUAUUCUUGCCAGAAGAUGAAAAUCUGAAAAUGGUGGCAUCUGAGUUAUAUUUGCAAGAAGAUAAAAACCUGAAAAGGGUGGCAUCAGAGUUAUCAUUGCCACAAGAUGAGAACCUGAAAAUGAUAUCAUCUCAAUUAUCGUUGCCAGAAAAUGAGAACCUGAAAAGAGUGGCAUCAGAGUUAUCCUUGCAACAAGAUGAGAAUCUGAAAAGGGUGGCAUUGGAAUUAUUCUUCCGACAAGAUGAGAACCUGAAAAUGGUGUCAGAAGAUGAGAACCUGAAAAGAGUGGCAUCGGAGUGA